AUGGUCAGAGAGGAGAAAGGUCAUAGGGAGACUGGUGGAAUGGGUAAAACUUUCUUAUAUCGAGUGCUUCUCGCUUUUCUUCGUUCACAAGGAUAUGUGGCAAUUGCAGUUGCCACAUCUGGGGUCGCAGCACCUAUCAUCUCUGGUGGUAGAACUGAUGAGGCUUCAAUGGAAAAAACGGAAACAAUAGAGGCGGUUCAUUGUCUUCUUACAGAUAUAAUGGAAUUUGAUGUACCCUUUGGAGGAAAAACUAUUAUUUUUGGCAGUGAUUUUCCCCAAACCCUGCCAGUUAUUGAACAGCUAGGCGAGUCAGAAUCGAUCAAAUCGACUGUUCUAUAUUCACAUUUAUGGUCUCAUAUGCGUAAGCAGCGACUGGCAACAAAUAUGAAAGCUGCCUUAGAUGCAGCAUUUUCCGAUUUUUUUAUUAGAGUAGGAGAAGAUGUUGAACCUGUUGACGAACAUGGUCAGAUGUCCCUUCCACCUCAUAUGGUUAUUUCUUAUCAUAACAAAGAAGAGUUGCUUGACAGGUUAUUUGGGAUCGUCUUUCCUGAUUUAAAUAUGUACUCUUGUAAUCCUUAUCGAAUGAUAAAUAGAUGUGGUCAGACUCUUGACUAUGUUGAAAUUUAUCUCAGUAAACCUGUCUUUUUUCACGGCCAGCUUUGUGUUGCUCUCUCUAGAGUUAGGAAUUCUUCCGCAGUUAAAGCUUUAAUUGCUUCGGAAUGGAACAUGUUAUCCCAGUCAAAGACGUCCUACCAGGCUCUGAAGGCAGGACUUGCAAAGUCACUGUGCAACAAAAACAGCAGAUAA